UCGAGCAUCAGGGGUCCUUUCGCUGUUACUCUGCUGCUGCUGCUGCUGACCUUUGGGUACUAGUGAGAAGCAAGGAGAUCAAACCCAGGAGAUUCCCACCCAGCUGCCUGGCCGGCCACACGCCCUUUCUGGGGGAACACCAACACUGACCAACACACUGGAGAAGAUAUCCGGAGAGAGAGCAUUCAGGAUCCAACAGGUCUCCAUCCUGGAGGAGAAGCCUUUGCCUCCCAGGCUGAGAACUCCCAAACCUCCAGACAAAAGACUCACACCCCUUUGUUUUCCUGGAGGAUCCAAGGAAAGGUAGUGCCAUCCUCCAAAAGGGGUGUUUUUUGGGGGGGGGUGUCCCAUGAAGUGGCCUGGGUCCAUGGAAGAGGCUGUGACCAACACAACCAUUUGCAACCAUGACUUGGACUUCAAGCAGGCCAACGCUUCGUCUUGCUGGCCAAGUGUGUCCGGAAGUGGCCCAGUGACUGUGAUUGUUCCUGUGCUGUUUGGGUUCAUCUUCCUUCUGGGCAUGGUGGGGAACACGCUGGUGCUGGUGGUGCUUGGGCGUCUCCGGCCAAGCGGGCGUCCAUCGCGCAGCGCCACCAACAUCUUCAUCCUCAACCUGAGCAUUGCUGACUUCUCUUUCCUCGUCUUCUGCGUCCCCUUCCAGGCCACCAUCUACUCCCUGCCCGAGUGGAUCUUUGGUGCCUUCUUCUGCAAGUGGGUCCACUAUCUCGUCAUGACCACCAUGCUGGUCAGCAUCUUCACCCUGGUGGCCAUGUCGGUGGACAGGUACAUUGCCGUGGUCCAUGCCAAGCGCUCAGUCUGCAUCCGCAGUAAGCGCAACGCCACCCUGGGCGUGGGGGUCAUCUGGCUCCUGUCUCUGCUCAUCGCCAUCCCAGUGGCUCAGCACCAGGCCCUCAUGAGUGGGCACCCGCAGGCACCAAACAGCUCCUUCUGCUGGGAGUACUGGGCGGACAACCUUGCUGCCAAGCAGUUCUAUAAGGUUACCAUUCUGCUGGUGGGUUACCUGCUGCCCCUCAUGCUCAUCACUUGCUGCUAUGCCAAGGUUUUAUAUCAUCUUCAUAAAAAGGUGAAGAAUAUUUCCAGGAAGUCAGAGAGAUCAAAAAGAAAGACAGCUCAAACCGUGCUGCUUGUGGUUGCCGUAUUCCUGAUCUCCUGGCUCCCACACCACAUCAUCACCAUGUGGGCAGAGUUUGGGCAGUUUCCCCUGAACAAUAUCUCCUUCACCUUCCGCAUCAUCUCACACUGCUUGGCCUAUGGGAACUCUUGCAUCAACCCCAUCAUCUACGCUUUCCUGUCGGAGAAUUUCCGCAAAGCCUGCCAGCAAGUUUUCACAUGCAAGUUUCCCUUCCAGCCAGCCCCUGCAGAAAAGCUGGUUAGGAUCCGCAUGGAGAACUUUUCCACCACUCCCUCGAUAACCAACGUGUGA